ACUUCUAUUGAGUAAGAUGAACUUGUGGUUACCAGCGUUGGGUUGUAUACUUUUAGCACUUGCUGGAGUGAAGUGCACGGUGUACACGGAAUUCCAACUUUACGUGGUUGUGCCAGCAAAUCGCGAACAGCUGACUUUAGUGCAAGAGCUAGAACAGGAUGGUAAAUACGACUUUUGGGAUGCUCCUCGCUUGAACCGAAAGACACGGGUUAUGGUUAGCCAUUACGAAGAAUCGAAGUUCGAACAGCUUUUGGAGGAGCACGAUAUAGAGUAUGAUCCUAUCAUUGGAAAUGUACAACAAAUUUUGGAUAAAGAACGUCGUAAUAAUGAUGAUUUCUAUAAACGGUCAAAACGAAACGUCGACGCUACGCAAGCCACCGUAGAUUUUGAUCACUAUUGGACAUUGGAUGAGAUCUACGCAUAUAUUGACGGACUGGCGGAAAGCAAUGCAAACGUAAAAACUUUCGAAAUUGGAAAAACGCCUGAAGGAAGACCGAUCAAGGCUUUGACGAUAUCAACAUUAGGCGAAGUGACUAAAACGCGCCCGAUUGUGUUCAUGGAUGCUGGAAUUCAUGCACGUGAAUGGGCCGGCGUUAUGUCGGUCAUGUACAUGAUUGAACAACUAGUCAACAACCCAGAGUUGUACACGGAACAGCUGGAAAAUACCGAUUACGUAAUCAUUCCUGUGCUGAAUCCGGAUGGGUAUGUAUAUACGCACGAAGUUAACAGAUUAUGGAGGAAGAACCGUGUUCAGAAUAACAUCUUAUGUGCCGGAGUUGACUUGAAUCGUAACUUCCCGUUCAAGUGGGCUUUCACCAGUAAUGCCUGUACCAACACGUUCGCUGGAAUGCAAGCUGCCACGGAAUCGGAAACUCAAGCCAUGAUGUCACUGAUGGAGCAGUACAAAUCAGCCAUGGUGAUUUAUAUUGCAGUGCAUACGCACGGUGAGAUGAUUCUGUGGCCAUGGGGAUAUGACUUCUUACGUUGUGGUAACUGGGAGGAGCAUGAUACUUUGGGCAGAGAAGCGCAACAAGCCAUCAUAGCGAAAGGAGGUGAAGAAUGGAUAGUUGGAAAUUCGGCGGAAGUUUUGUACAAGGCUUCUGGGGCUACAGACGAUUACGCUUACAGCAAUGGUGCCAAGCUUGCUUACACGAUUGAGCUUACUGGAGGUGGAGUGGAAGGUUUUGAUCUACCGGCGUCACAGUUGGGUAAGGUAACUGUCGAGACUAUGGAAAUCUACAAAACCUUUGGAAAGUAUGCUGGUAAGCUAUCACUUUCAGUGCCAGAGCCCGAAUUGGAUUCAUAAUAAAAUGGUUUGCAUGGUAAGAUACAUUGGUUAUUGCAAAAUUCA